AUUGUUCUCGGUGCCCCUCGGGCUUGAGCCGCGGUGAGUCCGGAGGGGCCGGGCCGUGCCCGGGGGCGCUUUUACGCGCGGAGUGGCUGCCGGAGUCCGACCUGGUCUCCCGAGAGCCAGACUACUUGUUGGAAUUUGAGGAGGAGGGUGUCUUCUCCCUCAGCCUGGCUCUAGAAGACUGAGGUUCAAGGCUAGAAGCCUGAGGCGAUUGCCCUGGGAAGGUGGAUGAUGGCUGCAGAGCUGCCGAGAGUAACCACCCCCCUGAGCCCCUUGGUCCAGGUGCCUCAAGAGGAAGAUGAACAGGAGGAGGUCACUACCAUGAUCCUGGAGGACGACUCUUGGGUGCAGGAAGCUGUACUGCAGGAGGAUGGCCCUGGGUCGGAGCCCUUUCCCCAGAGUGCUGGCAAGGGUAGCCCCCACGGGGAGGCCGCUGGAGGGCCACAGGGUGCACUUGGCCGCCUCCGAGAGCUCUGUCGGCGCUGGCUCAGGCCGGAAGUGCACACCAAGGAACAGAUGCUGACCGUGCUACCGAGGGAAAUUCAAGCCUGGCUGCAGGAGCAUCGUCCUGAGAGCAGCGAGGAGGCCGUGGCCCUGGUGGAGGACUUGACCCAGACCCUCCGGGGUGGCGAUUUCGAGAUCCAGAGCGACAAUGGGGAGAACUCUAAUCAGGAUCUAUUUGAGGAUGUCGAGUCACAUGAGAUGUUCUCAGAAAUGCCUGAAGGGGAAGGCAUUCCGCAGUCCGACUGGGAAAGUGACUCUGAGAGAGACUGUGGCUCCAGGGGGCCCCAGGGGAAUGCCUCACGUGGGGACCACAGGGAGGUGUCCUCCCAGGGCAGGGAAGUGGGGCAGCUAAUCGGCCUUCAGGGCACCUACCUGGGUGAGAAGCCCUACGAGUGUCCCCAGUGUGGGAAAACCUUCAGCCGGAAAUCCCACCUGAUCACCCAUGAGCGGACCCACACGGGAGAGAAGUACUACAAAUGCAAUGAAUGCGGGAAAAGCUUUAGCGAUGGUUCCAACUUCAGCAGACACCAAACGACCCACACGGGGGAGAAACCUUACAAAUGCCGAGACUGUGGGAAAAGCUUUAGCCGGAGCGCAAACCUCAUCACCCACCAGAGGAUCCACACAGGAGAAAAGCCCUUCCAGUGUGCCGAGUGCGGCAAGAGCUUCAGCAGGAGCCCCAAUCUCAUUGCCCACCAGCGAACCCACACGGGCGAGAAGCCCUACUCGUGCCCCGAGUGUGGGAAGAGCUUUGGCAACCGGUCCAGCCUUAACACGCACCAGGGCAUCCACACGGGCGAGAAGCCGUACGAGUGCAAGGAGUGCGGGGAGAGCUUCAGCUACAACUCCAACCUGAUCCGCCACCAGCGGAUCCACACGGGCGAGAAGCCCUACCGGUGCGCCGAGUGCGGGCAGAGGUUCAGCCAGAGCUCGGCACUCAUCACUCACCGGCGCACGCACACGGGCGAGAAGCCCUACCAGUGCGCCGAGUGCGGCAAGAGCUUCAGCCGCAGCUCCAACCUGGCCACGCACCGCCGCACGCACCUGCUGGAGAAGCCCUACAAGUGCGGCGAGUGCGGCCGGAGCUUCAGCCAGAGCUCCAGCCUCAUCGCGCACCAGGGCGCGCACACGGGCGAGAAGCCCUAUGAGUGCCUGACGUGCGGCGAGAGCUUCAGCUGGAGCUCCAACCUCCUCAAGCACCAGCGAGUGCACACGGGUGAGAAGCCGCACAAGUGCGCUGAGUGCGGCAAGGCCUUCGGCCAGCGCUCGCAGCUCGCCGCGCACCGGCGCACGCACACGGGCGAGAAGCCCUACCAGUGCCUCCUGUGCGGCAAGAGCUUCAGCCGCGGCUCCAUCCUCGUCAUGCACCAGCGCGCGCACCUGGGGGACAAGCCCUACCGCUGCCCUGAGUGCGGCAAGGGCUUCAGCUGGAACUCCGUGCUCAUCGUCCACCAGCGCAUCCACACGGGGGAGAGGCCCUACAAGUGCCCCGAGUGCGGCAAGGGCUUCAGCAACAGCUCCAACUUCAUCACCCACCAGAGAACGCACGCCAAAGACAAAGCAGACUGAGCCGGCCGCCCGGCGGCGGCCCACGGGCACACGGUGACGCCCCUUCCGGGGAGCCGUUCUUCCCGGGGGGGGGGGGGGUCUUUGGGAACUUGGGCCCGAACCUCACCCGCGCUCAUCCCUGGUUCCAACAUCCGCCGCCGUCUCGGUGAGCAGACUCACGUCCCCCGGAAUGGGGGCGGGGGGGGCGCGGGGGGACGGAAGGUUGCAGAGUUGGGUCUCUUUCCGUUUCAUUGCAUGACACGCCAUGGCCUUCUGCUCUCCUGGUCCUCCGGGCCUCAGUUUCCUCUUUGGUAGCACAGCGGGAGUGUUUCUCGUGGGGGACGGAAGACAGCGUGGCCCACAGCCCGCGCCGAGGCCUCAGAAAUACUGGAAAGCGAUAGGUGCGGGCUCGUGGUUCUGCUGCCCCUUGGUCAGGUUAAGGUGCCUUCGCCCGGAGCUGCUUGUGUGCCAGGGUGUCAGGUCAGAAGCCGCUCUCCCUGGCCUUGUGUCCUGGGCCUUGAUUUCAGGUCAAGGUGGAUGGGCUUUUCCAACUCUGAGUCAUCCACAGGAAGGUAAAGCCCUUUUCUAUCUGUGGAAGGUGUCAGGGACUCCGAGCCCGAGGGAGUGUGGCCUGGAACCACUGUCCCCAGAGCCUUUCCACCGAUAAGAGUUGAGCAGGGCCCGCCAGGGAGGAUAGAAACUGAGGAGAUGGACACGUUUGCUUGUGUCUUUGCUUACUGUCCUGUGGUAAGUCUGCCGUCAGGGGAAUGCACUUGUUUUUGUGGGGUUUUGUUUUUUGAGUGGGAAAUCAGGGACCCCCAGCCGCCUACCCCUGGUGGAUGGUGGGUUGUCUCUUCGAGGGUGAAAGAGCCCUGCACCCUUCAGGAUGGGCUUGUGUCUUCACCCCCACAGAUACUAGCCGCUAAAUCAUCUCUCUAUGCACUUGUCAUUCCCCUGUUCUCGUUUUUAUUUUAUAGGUGCAGGGCUAGAGUUCUCUCCGGGAGCUUUUGUAUACGUUCAUAUUUUUAAGGAAGUGUUGAUUUUGAGGACACAUCCUCUGUCCUCUGGACAGAUUUGGGCUUGAAUCAGGAGUUGUCCUAUAGGUGUCAUCCUUGAUCCCGGGAUGCUACCAGGGCUUUGUUCUUGGGUCCUUGAGCCUUGAGACCAUAAAGACCACGGGAUGAUAGCAGGUCAAGGGGUUUGUUAUAAGGAAGAGGAGAACAGAGAAGGUGUUUCUGGGAAAUUUGAAACCACCUCCUCCAGUGCAUGGAGCCUAUGCUCACAAUGGGCCUUGGUUCUUAUAGAAUGGAUGCUCAAUAUUUCCUAAUAAAAUAGAGUCCCAUUCUUUUCCUGCGUCUGCCUUUCAGUAUGAACUUGACUAUUAGCAAACCCACACCUCACUUCCCACCCACUCACCUCCUGCCUUAGGCCGAAAGCAGUUCGAGACCUUCAGGGAGUAAAAACCAGUGGCUUUAAAGAACACAUCUUUGGGUGAACCGAGAUCUGUGUGCUUGACCAGUGCACACAUCUGUCCACUGUCCUUCGCCAACUGUGCAUUCAGUCUGUCAACCAAGACUUGGAGUGGCAGCUUUGGCUAAGGAGCCAGGUGGCCUCCUAAGGAGGCCGUUGGGAAUCAUCUCUAUCCAGAAUCAACUAUAUUAGACACAAGGAGGACAUUUCUAAGCUCAGCAGUGAUGGUUGUUAAACCAAAUCAUGGAGGCUGUAAAAUCCCCAUUAUUAAUUCCCAUUCCUUCACUUACUGGGCAAACAUUGAGGACUUAAGUACCAUCACUGUGCUAGGAACUAGGGAAAGUGAUGAACAAGAAAUCCCGUUACCUGUCUUCAUCAAGUUUUCACAGGAGGAAGCUACACUAGCCAUCCAAGGGAGAAUGGAUAGGGUGGUUUCCUAGCUGACAGUAAAUUCUGGGAUUUGGGUUGUAGAAGAUACUGGUUCUCUCUUCCCCCAAGUCUCAACUUAAGAAAAGAACUGACAUUAAGCUUUACAAAACUUUCUAACUUUCUAUUUUUUAACUCCUCUCUACCUGGUAGGCACACAAAAUAUCUUGGAAAAAAGGGAAACAAGAUCAGGCUGGACCCAGGAUGGGAAAUGACAGAACAUGGUCCGAGAAAGGUUAGGAGUCCUUCACUUCCUGUCCUGCUUGCCCUAAAGCGGGUCUGCGGGGGCAGGGAGGGCUCAGCAUACACGGGCCUUUGUGCGGCUAGGUGUGGGAUGGAAGGGCACAGACUUCUUCCCUAAAAGACAUCAGGAAGCCCCAGUCCCCUUGGCAGAUCUAUUUCCACCACGUCUUUGCUCUCAAUUCAGUUACACCUGUGUUUCUGUAACAAAGGACAUUUCCCCUAAAUGUAUAUGCAUUUAGGGACUGCGGUUUUGUCCCCAGUUUGUUCUAACUUCAUGGGAACAGCCUUGGGACAGUUAAAAACUUAUAAUGAGGGGCAUCUGGGUGGCUCAGUCGGUUAAGUAUCCGACUUUUGGUUUUGGCUCAGGGCAUGAUCUG